GUGAAUGAAUUGGUAAUCAAUGAGAGGAAACUUCUCGACACUUGUGUGUUGUGUUUGUCUAUACAUUGGAUUAUAUUUUGUAUCAAACCUUAAAUCAAUUGUUGGUCUAAUAUAUUGAAACAGUGAUUGAAUUGAAUCCAAACAAAUCCAGUGAUAGUAUCUCAUCAAUAGUGGUGUCAAAUAAGUGAUAAUAAAUAGUAGUCAACAAUACAUACAAACAUAUCUGACAUCUGAUCGCAAAAGAAAACAUUGUUUUCUAUAUCAUAUAAAAAAAACAUCAAUCAAUCGCUUUUAAUAUUAAGUGUUUGGAACAACUAUAGGUGAUAAUAGAGAUGGCAAAGUGGGGCCAUGGUGAUCCCAGAUGGAUUGUUGAAGACAGACCCGAUGCCACUAAUGUGAACAACUGGCACUGGACAGAGAAGAAUGCCUCGCAAUGGUCUAAGGAUAAGCUGAAUGAGUUGCUAACAAAUUUCGAAGUGGAUGAGCCCGGAGUUGGUUUGUGUCACAUAACGAGUGUCGAUAGUAUCGAUGGAGAAGCCGUGGCUAACAAUAGGAAAGGAAAGUUGAUUUUUUUCUACGAAUGGGUUAUAAAAUGCCAGUGGAAGGGAAGGAUCAAUGGAUCUGAUGAUGAAGUUAAGGGAAGUAUUGAGAUACCGAAUCUUAGCGAAGAAAACAGUGCCGAUGAGAUUGAUGUCAACAUUUCAGUUGAAACACAAGAAACCGGUUCAGACAUUCUUAAAGAAGUGAUGCGAAAGAAGGGCACUGAACUGAUUCGUAAACAAUUGCAGACAUAUAUUCUGCAAUUAAGGGAUGAUUUUGCUAAAGAUAUGAUAAAACCAUCGAAACUUAUGUCCGGCGGUAAUAUAAAUGCUUUCAAAACGGAAAGUCAGUCAAAAAUAGAUGCGGAGAAGAAAAGUGAAGAAACAAAGACAAAGAUGUCCUCAUUUAAUGGUAUUACUAAAAAACCUGAAGACGAAAAAUUUGAGACGACUUCACUCAAGUUUACUGAAGAACUGAAAUGUAUGGCUGAAGAUUUUUAUAGAUCAUUCACUGAAGUCGAGUUGAUUCAGGCCUUUACAAGAGGUCCGGCCGUUGUGAACGCAUCAGUCGGCGGUGCCUUUGAAUUAUUCGGUGGUAACGUUGUCGGAACGUUCACUGAAUUAGUACCAAACAAACUGAUUAAACAAAACUGGAGAUUCAAGAGUUGGCCGUCAGAACACUACUCUCAGGUGACCAUCACUUUGGACCAAAAGAGUGAUUGUACUGAUGUGACUGUCGAACAGUUGAAUAUACCGAAGCAUGACUUCGAGCGCACCGAAAAUGGCUGGAAAUACCAUUAUUUUGAAAGUCUUAAGCGAACGUUCGGUUUUGGCGCUUCACUUAACUGACAACCGAAUAGUUAGUUAUUAGAUAUUUAAAUCAAUUUAUAAUUUAAUUAAGACAUUAAUUUCAAGUUGUGUACAGUUUAAACACUCAUAAUAUUAAUAACAAAAAAAAAAGUAAUACAGUUUAGCAAAAAUGAUAUCAUUUUAACUUAAAUUUUAAUCUAAAAAAAUACUGAAAUCCAAUGCCAUGUUUACGGUACUAUAUUUUUAAAAUGUUGUUUCAAUUUUUACUAUAUUAUUAUUAUUUAUUUAGU